AUGACACUUGCCGAAGAAGCAUCUCCGAGAGUUGCCGUAUACCUCCCCCAUCACUGUGUGGUUAAGGAGAAUAGCUCCACCACGAAAUGUCGCGUCGUGUUUGAAGCCUCAGCCAAGACCACCACUGGCAAGUCACUGAAUGAUAUGCUGAUGUGUGGUCCCGUUCUGCAAGACUCAAUAGUCGACAUUCUUCUCCGAUUCCGAUUCCCGUCCGUUGUAAUUAUCGGCGACAUUAAACAAAUGUAUGGCAUGAUCCAAAUCCACGAAGCGGAUCGUGAUUUCCAGCGGAUCCUUUGGCGAUGGUCUAGCGACGACGUAGUAAAAGAAUAUCGCCUAAACACCGUCACUUACGGGACGCAAAGUGCUUCAUAUCAGGCGACAAAAUGUGUGCAGCAGCUAUUAGAGGCGCAUCGUAAGCAGUAUCCGGUAGCAGUAGGAAAAGCGGAGAAAAACACGUAUGUGGACGACAUCUUAACGGGUGCUGAAUCUGUAAAGGAAGCAGCUUUAUUACGUCAACAAUUGACAACCAUGUUCGCUUCCGGAGGCUUCCAUCUACGGAAGUGGGCAUCGAAUAAUGCAGCUGUCCUCAAUGACAUCCCAACGGAAGACAGAGAGGUGAAAUCAUCCAUCGAGAUCAACGAGACAGGCACCAUCAAGGCCCUCGGCAUCCACUGGCAGCCACGCAGCGACGAGUUCAAGUUCUCCAACUCACCGAACAAGAUCCUUCAGCCCACAAAGCGGAUCAUGCUCUCGCAAAUCUCCAGCAUAUUCGGCCCUCUUGGACUGCUGGCCCCAAUCAUCGUCAGAGCGAUGCUGAUCCUGCAGCAGUUGUGUGAACUGAGGGUGGACUGGGAUGAAACUCUCCCCGGUGAGUUUGUUCGACAUUUGUUUUCAUUUGAGCAAAGCCUUUCCGAUCUCAAUUACUUACAGGUACCUCGACGAGUGAUCGGCGUUCGAAAGGCGACCAGAAUCUAUCUGCACGGCUUCAGUGAUGCGUCAGAGCGAGCCAUGGGUGCGUGCGUCUACAUUCGAGCUGCUAACGAAGGAGGAAACACAUCAUCACAUCUGCUGUGCGCAAAAUCUAAAUUGGCGCCUAUCGGAAAUGGACGAACCACGUUACCUCGCCUAGAACUGUGUGCGGCGGUGAUUUUGGCCCGCCUGAUGGCGAGCGUUAUCACGGCAAUCUCAACCCCUUUCAUCGAAAUACGAGCUUAUUCGGACUCCACAGUGGCACUAGCAUGGAUUUAUGGCGGUGCGUCGAGAUGGAAGACGUUUGUUGCCAACCGCGUGGCUGAAAUCACCACAUUACUUCCGGCAAUUAACUGGCAGCACGUGGACACCAACAACAAUCCUGCAGACUUGAUCUCGCGCGGUGCUCUACCAGCGCAAAUUAUUAACAAUUCUCUCUGGUAA